CCAAACACUCCUCAAAUUCUCACUCCACUCACAAAACCAAAUCCACAAAACUCACCCAGAAUGGCACUACAAUUAUUGACACUUCCUAGUUGGGUCACAUUGUUCACCACAUUUGCCAUCCUCCUCCUUUUCCGCCGCCGCCUCCGUAGCCGCAAAUAUAAUCUCCCACCAGGCCCAAAACCAUGGCCCAUAAUAGGAAAUUUCAAUCUUAUUGGAACCCUCCCACAUCAAUCCCUCCAUGGGCUCACCCAAAAAUAUGGGCCCAUCAUGCAUCUAUGGUUUGGCUCCAAACGUGUCAUCGUGGCCUCAAGUGUAGAAAUGGCAAGAGCCUUUCUCAAAACCCACGACGCCACGCUAGCAGGCCGACCCAAAUUCUCGGCCGGUAAAUACACAACGUAUAACUACUCCGACAUAACUUGGUCCCAAUACGGCCCGUAUUGGCGCCAAGCUCGGAGAAUGUGUCUAUUAGAAUUGUUUAGUGCAAAACGUCUUGAGUCUUAUGAGUACAUUAGGAAACAAGAGCUACAUGUUUUUUUGCAUGAACUCUUUAAAUCUAGAAACAAAACAAUUUUGUUGAAAGACAAUCUUUCAACUUUGAGUCUAAAUGUUAUAAGUAGAAUGGUAUUAGGAAAGAAAUAUCUAGAGAAGGUUGAGAAUUCUAUUAUUUCUCCUGAUGAGUUUAAGAAGAUGUUGGAUGAGUUGUUUUUGCUGAAUGGAAUUCUCAAUAUUGGAGAUUUCAUUCCUUGGAUCCAUUUCUUGGAUUCUCAAGGGUAUGUGAAGAGGAUGAAGGUUUUGAGUAAAAAAUUUGAUGGGUUUAUGGAACAUGUGUUGGAGGAACAUAUUGAGAGAAUGAAAAGUGUUAAGGAUUAUGUUGCUAAGGAUAUGGUUGAUGUUCUUUUGCAACUUGCUGAGGAUCCUGAUCUUGAAGUCAAACUUGAGAGACAUGGAGUUAAAGCUUUCACUCAGGACUUGAUAGCAGGAGGGACAGAGAGCUCAGCAGUGACAGUGGAGUGGGCAAUUUGUGAGCUAAUAAGAAAACCAGAAAUCUUCAAGAAAGCCACAGAGGAGCUAGACAGAGUAAUAGGAAAAGAUAGAUGGGUUGAAGAGAAAGACAUUGCUAAUUUACCUUAUGUUUAUGCAAUUGCUAAAGAAACAAUGAGACUACAUCCAGUGGCACCAAUGUUAGUACCAAGAGAAGCUAGAGAAGAUUGUAAUAUUGAUGGAUAUGAUAUUCCAAAAGGGUCUUUGAUUCUUGUUAACACUUGGACAAUUGCAAGAGAUUCUAGUGUUUGGGAUAAUCCAUAUGAGUUUAUGCCGGAGAGGUUUCAUGGAAAGGAUAUAGAUGUAAAAGGACAUGAUUUUGAGUUGUUACCAUUUGGUGCUGGUAGAAGAAUGUGUCCUGGUUACUCUCUUGGUCUUAAAGUCAUUCAAUCAAGUUUGGCUAAUUUGUUGCAUGGAUUUAAUUGGAAAUUAAGUGGUGAUGUGAGAAAAGAGGAUUUGAAUAUGGAUGAGAUUUUUGGGCUUUCUACACCUAAGAAGAUACCUUUGGAAGUUGUUUUGGAGCCUAGACUUGCUCAUCAUCUUUACUCCCUUUGAUUGCUUUGGUUUUUUUUAAUGGGAUUUGGAAUAAUGGAAUUUAUAGGGAGAUUAGAAGCAAGUGUAAUAUGGUGAUGAAAAAAUUUGUGUUUUGAUAAUUUGAGUUUAGUAUAAGUGUAGUAGUAUAAUCCUUUGUAACUUUUUGUUUUUGAGGUUUUGUAAUACUAUUAAACUAAAGUAUGUUAUGUUUUCUCUAGUUUUUAUGGUCAUGCAUUUUAUUCUCUAAUUACAUCCCAGAUGGAUACAAUUGAGGAUAGUACCUAUCUUAUCGACCUCAAAUAUUUCCUAAACUCUUUCAAAGUCAAAAUAGUUAAUGUGAUAAUGUAAUAAUGGUUUAUGUAAAUUUUAUUGGCCAAU